AUGUUCCAGUUCCCUGGUAUGUGUGAAUACAACCUGGUCUCAGACUGUCGCUCCCUUUACCAGGAGUUCUCAGUGCACAUGAAGAGGAAGGACAUUGAUGGAAACCCAACCGUGAGUUAUGUGGUGGUCACCAUCAGUGAGCUCUCCUUCCACAUCAGUAAGAGCCUGGUCACUGUCAAUGGGAUUCCUUACCCCCUGCCGUACCACAGUGGAGGCAUACACUUGGAGAAAAAUGCUGUUUACUUCAAACUCCAAUCCAAAGUUGGCAUUGUUGUCAUGUGGAACGGAGACGAUGCAAUCAUGGUGGAACUAGAUGCUGAUUAUGCCAAUCAGACUUGUGGACUCUGUGGAGACUUUAAUGGCCAUUCUGUCAACGAGUUCAUUCAUGAUGAUCGUAGAAUCAGCCCCAUUGAGUUUGGUAACAACCAGAAAGUCCACCUUCCAAAUGACGAUUGUGAGGACCCCUAUGAAGAAGAUGAUGAAGCACUGGAGACUGUGACUGUGCCAGAAUCAUGCCAGGAGUUUCAAACGUUCUGUGAUACGAUGCUGCGUUCAGACUCCUGGAAGUCCUGCACUGACCAGAUUAACCCUGAACCUUACAUCCAGGCCUGUACGCAGGACAUGUGUGGUUGCACCAACAAAUCAAAUGACUUCUGUGCCUGCAGCACGCUGUCCGAGUUCUCUCGACAGUGUUCCCAUGCUGGAGGGCAGCCUCCUACCUGGAGGGAGUCUGGGUUCUGUGCCAAAACUUGCCCAUACAACAUGGUUUAUGAAGAAAGUGGCUCCCCUUGCAUAGACACAUGCACGCAUCAAGACACGAGCUCACUUUGCGAGGAUCACAAGAUGGAUGGCUGCUUCUGUCCUCCUGGAACUGUGUUUGAUAAUGUCUCCCAAAGAGGGUGUAUUACUCAGGCCGAGUGUCAGUGCAAACGUGACAGAAUCUAUCAGACUGGUGAGGUUUAUCGAGGGGACAGGGAAGAAUGUACAUGUUCUGGGGGUAAAUGGGAUUGUAAGAGGCUUGAGGUGCCUUCUACAUGUGCACUUGAGGAGGGUUCACAUGUAACCACCUUUGACGGGAAAACCUACACCUUCCAUGGAGGGUGUUACUACACCUUAGCCAAGGUGCAGAGCAAGGUUAAGGAUGGGCCAAAGUUUAACAUCCGAGCUCUGCUGACCCCGUGUGCUAAUCAGAAGUUUGACACUUGCCUCAAGGCCAUUAAAAUUUUCCUCAACAAGGAUAGAAAUGAUUUUUUAGUGUUUGCUUCUGAUGGCACAGUUCAGCAAAAUAAGCAGACCAUCAUUCUACCAUACAAGUCAGGUGAUAUCCACAUAUUCCGUCCUUCAUCCUUCCACAUCUUGCUCCAGACCAGUUUUGGGCUGCACAUUCAAAUUCAGCAUGUGCCUCUAAUGCAAGUCUACAUCACCCUGGACCAGAGCUACAAAGGAAAGAUGCAAGGUUUAUGUGGGAACUACAACACGAUCCUGAAUGAUGAGAUGAUGACUCCUCAGGGGAUUGUUGAGGGGACUGCUGCCACUUUUACUAACUCUUGGAAGAGUAACAGCAAUUGCCAAGAUAGGGAAGAACGAUUGGAUGACCCCUGUUCCCUGAGUGUGGAGAAUGAGAAUUAUGCCAAACACUGGUGUGCUUUACUCGUGAGCCCAAGUAGCACUUUUGCACGGUGCCAUUCGGUGGUGGAUCCUGACAUGUACUUUGAGAGGUGUACUUAUGCCAGCUGCAACUGUGAGAAGAGUGAGGACUGCCUGUGUGCUGUUUUCUCCUCCUAUGCUCGAGCCUGUGCAUCAAAGGGAGUGUUUUUGACAGGCUGGAGGGAGAAUGUGUGCGAUAAGUAUACAAAGAACUGCCCAGCAACACAGACCUUCUCCUACCAGCAUCAGAGAUGUCAGCUGACUUGCAGAUCUCUGGGCUCAAUGCAGCAGAGUUGCACUUCUGACUUCUUGCCUGUGGAUGGCUGUUCCUGCUCUGAGGGUUUCUACCUCAAUGAUGAUGGCCUUUGCGUCCCUGUGGAAAAGUGUCCCUGCUACCAUGAUCAAGUGACCAUUAAGCCAGGAAAGUCCAUCAGCAUCAAAGAUGAGCACUGUGUGUGUACCAAUGGAGUGCUGCAUUGCCAUUCUUGGAGAACACGCAUGUCAGUUACAGCAUGCCGUCCUCCAAAAGUGUUCUUCAACUGCUCUGCUGCUGGCCCAGGAGAGCGUGGACUGCAGUGUGCUCAGACUUGUUUGAAUCUCAACAGUGAUGAUUGUGAUGACACUGAGUGUGAAUCUGGCUGUCGGUGUCCAGCUGGCCUUCUUGACGAUGGCAAAGGUUCCUGUGUGAAAGAAAAACAAUGUCCGUGUAAGCAUGGCGGGCAUUUUUAUGCCCCUGGAGCAACAAUCCCUGACAAGUGCAACACGUGUACCUGCAAGAGUGGAACCUGGGAUUGCACAGAAAAAAAAUGUCCAGGAACUUGCGUUAUUUAUGGAAGUGGCCACUACAACACGUUUGAUCAGCAAACAUACGGGUUUCAAGGAAAUUGUGCCUAUGUUGCUGUUAAGAACAAAUGUGGGAAUAAAACCAUCCAUGACACCUUUGGAGUUAUCACUGAAAAUGUCCCAUGUGGUUCAACAGGCACCACAUGCUCCAAAACUGUCCGAAUCCAACUUGGGCACAUGGAGAUCAAACUAGCGAAGGGUAAAUAUGAAGUGGAGGACCUGGGACAUGGCUCUGAGAUUCAGUACAAAAUAAGGCCAGUUGGAUUGUAUUUGGUCAUAGAAUCUGCCAUUGGACUAACAUUAAUAUGGGAUCGCAAAACAUCUGUUCGCAUCCUCCUUGAUCCAAAGCACAGCGGGGAGGUAUGUGGCCUGUGUGGAGAUUUUGAUGGCGAUGGACUGAAUGACUUUACCACCCAGGGUCAGCUCACAGUGAGCAAUGUGUUAGAAUUUGCCAACAGCUGGAAACUGGACAGCAACUGCCCUGACGCAGAUGCAAAUGUUGAUUCUUGUGGAGCACGACCAAAUCGACACCACUGGGCAAAAUUGAUGUGCAGCAUCAUAACUGGAGAAACAUUCAAAAACUGCCACAACACGGUAUCUCCCCGUCCAUUUUAUGAAAACUGUGUGAAAGACUCAUGUGCUUGCGACACCGGAGGUGACUGUGAGUGCUUUUGCACAGCAGUGGCAGCUUAUGCUCAGGCUUGCAAUGAAGCUGGUGUUUGUGUUGCUUGGAGAACUCCUGAAAUCUGCCCUGUCUUUUGUGAAUACUACAACAGUCCUGGUGAUUGCACAUGGCAUUACAGCCCUUGUCAUACACAUUGCUACAAGACCUGUUUAAAUCCGGAAGGGCACUGUAGCAACCUCAUACCCAACCUGGAAGGGUGUUAUCCUGUGUGCCCUGAAGACAAGCCCAUAUUUGAUGAGGAGAAACAGGAGUGUGUAGAGAUUUGUCCAUCAACUACAACUACAACCACAACCACAACACCAACUACAACCACAACCACAACCACAACGCCACCCACAGAAUCCACAACAACACCGCCAACCACAACACCAACCACAACCACAGAAUCUACAACUACACCAUUGACUACAACCACAACGCCAACCACAACUACCACAGGAACAACCACCACUGAGGGAACAACGCCUUCAUGUGUAAAAACUUGUGUUGAGUGGUCAGAAUGGUAUAAUGUACAUGACCCAAUCGUAGACAAGAGUGAUUGGGAAACGUAUGAAAACAUCACAAAUAGUGGCAUAGAAAUUUGUAAAAAACCUCAAAACCUUGAUCAUUACCUUGAAUGUAGGGCAGCAAAUUCUCCUAACAUAGACUUUGAUGACUUUGUUAGUCAAACAGGACAGGUGGUUUCUUGUAAUGAAUCAUAUGGAUUAAUAUGUAGGAAAGAGGACCAAGUAACACGUCCAUAUAAGUGCAUGGACUAUGAAAUCAGAGUAUGUUGUAAGGGAAGUCCAUGUAGACCUACAACAACCACUGAAGCUACCACUCUGUCUACUUCAACAACAACGCCAACCACCACCACUGAAUCUACAACCACACCAUCGACUACAACCACAACACCAACCACCACCACAGAAUCCCCAACCACUCCAUCAACGACAACCACAACGCCAACCACCACCACAGAAUCCACAACCACACCUUCAACAACAACCACAAGGCCAACCACCACCACAGAAUCCACAACCACUCCAUCAACGACAACCACAACGCCAACUACAACCACAGAAUCUACAACCACAACACCAACUACAACUACAACCACAACGCCACCCACAGAAUCCACAACACUUACAACCACAACACCAACCACCACCACAGAAUCCACAACCACUCCAUCAACGACAACCACAACGCCAACUACAACCACAGAAUCUACAACCACACCAUCAACUACAACCACAACGCCAACCACAACCACCACAGAAUCUACAACCACUCCAUCGACCACAACCACCACGCCACCCACCACCACUGAAUCUACAACCACACCAUCAACUACAACUACAACACCAACCACCACCACAGAAUCCACAACCACAACACCAACUACAACCACAACCACAACGCCACCCACAGAAUCCACAACAACACCGCCAACCACAACACCAACCACAACCACAGAAUCUACAACUACACCAUCGACUACAACCACAACGCCAACCACAACUACCACAGGAACAACCACCACUGAGGGAACAACGCCUUCAUGUGUAAGAACUUGUGUUGAGUGGUCAGAUUGGUAUAAUAUACAUGACCCAACUGUAGACAAGAGUGAUUGGGAAACGUAUGAAAACAUCACAAAUAGUGGCAUAGAAAUUUGUAAAAAACCUCAAAACCUUGAUCAUUACCUUGAAUGUAGGGCAGCAAAUUAUCCUAACAUAGACCUUGAUGACAUUGUUAGUCAAACGGGACAGGUGGUUUCUUGUAAUGAAUCAUAUGGUUUAAUAUGUAGGAAAGAGGACCAAGUAACACGUCCAUAUAAGUGCAUGGACUAUAAAAUCAGAGUAUGUUGUAAGGGAGGUCCAUGUAGACCUACAACAACCACUGAAGCUACCACUCUGUCUACUUCAACAACAACGCCAGCUACAACCACAGAAUCUACAACCAUUCCAUCGACCACAACCACAACACCAACCACAACCACCACAGAAUCUACAACCACUCCAUCGACCACAACCACAACGCCAACCACCACCACUGAAUCUACAACCACACCAUCAACUACACCAUCAACUACAACCACAACCACAGAAUCCACAACCACAACACCAACUACAACAACAAAGCCACCCACAGAAUCAACAACAACACCGCCAACCACAACACCAACCACAACCACAGAAUCUACAACUACACCAUCGACUACAACCACAACGCCAACCACAACCACAACACCAACUACAACCACAACCACAACGCCACCCCCAGAAUCCACAACAACACCAACCACCACCACAGAAUCUACAACCACACCAUCAACUACACCAUCAACUACAACCACAACCACAGAAUCCACAACCACAACACCAACUACAACCACAACGCCACCCACAGAAUCAACAACAACACCGCCAACCACAACACCAACCACAACCACAGAAUCAACAACUACACCCACAACCACAACGCCAACUACAACCACAGAAACUACAACCACACCUUCAACCACAACACCAACCACAACCACAGAAUCUACAACCACACCAUUAACGACAACUACAACAACAACCACCACCACAGAAUCUACAACCACUCCAUCGACCACAACCACAACACCAACUACAACCACAACCACAACGCCACCCACAGAAUCCACAACAACACCAACCACCACAACUGAAUCUCCAUCAACCACAACCACAACGCUAACUACAACCACAGAAACUACAACCACACCUUCAACCACAACCACAACACCAACCACAACCACAGAAUCUACAACCACACCAUCAACGACAACUACAACACCAACCACCACCACAGAAUCCACAACGACACCAUCAACUACAACCACAACACCAACCACCACCACAGAAUCUACAACUACUCCAUCCACUACAACCACAACGCCAACCACAACCACCACAGAAUCUACAACUACACCAUCAACGACAACUACAACCACAACGCCAACUACUACCACAGAAUCUACAACCACACCAUCAACUACAACCACAAUGCCAACCACCACCACUGAAUCUACAACCACAACACCAACUACAACCACAACCACAACGCCACCCACAGAAUCCACAACAACACCGACAACCACAACACCAACCACAACCACAGAAUCUACAACUACACCAUCGACUACAACCACAACCACAGAAUCCACAACCACAACACCAACUACAACCACAACCACAACGCCACCCACAGAAUCCACAACAACACCAACCACCACAACUGAAUCUCCAUCAACCACAACCACAACGCCAACUACAACCACAGAAACUACAACCACACCUUCAACCACAACACCAACCACAACCACAGAAUCUACAACCACACCAUUAACGACAACUACAACAACAACCACCACCACAGAAUCUACAACCACUCCAUCGACCACAACCACAACACCAACUACAACCACAACCACAACGCCACCCACAGAAUCCACAACAACACCAACCACCACAACUGAAUCUCCAUCCACAACAACCACAACGCCAACCACUACCACAGAAUCUACAACUACUCCAUCAACUACAACCACAACGCCAACCACAACCACAGAAUCUACAACCUCACCGUCGACUACUACCACAACCCCAACCACAACCACAGAAUCUACAACAACACCAUCGACUACAACCACAACACGAACCACAACCACAGAAUCUACAACUACUCCAUCCACAACAACCAUAACGCCAACUACAACCACAGAAUCUACAACCACUCCAUCGACUGCGACCACAACGCCAACUACCACCACAGAAUCUACAACCUCAUCGUCGACAACAACCACAACGCCAACCACUACCACAGAAUCUACAACUACUCCAUCAACAACAACAACAACACCGACCACUACCACAGAAUCUACAACUACUCCAUCAACUACAACCACAACACCAACCACAACCACAACCAAAGAAUCCACAACCACUCCAUCAACUACAACCACAACGCCAACCACCACUACAGAAUCUACAACCACAACACCAACUACAACCACAACCACAACCACCACCACUGAAUCUACAACCACAACACCAUCAACUACAACUACAACACCAACUACCACCACAGAAUCCACAACCACACCAUCAACUACAACCACAACACCAACUACCACCACAGAAUCUACAACUACUCCAUCAACUACAACCACAACACCAACCACAACCACAGAAUCUACAACCACACUGUCGACUACAACCACAACACCAACCACAACCACAGAAUCUACAACCACUCCAUCAACUACAACCACAACACCAACCACAACCACAGAAUCUACAACCAUUUCAUGGACUCCAACGCCAACCACAACCACAGAAUCUACAACCACACCAUCAACUACAACCACUACACCAACCACAACUACUCCAUCUACCACAACGCCAACCACCACCACAGAAUCUACAACCACACCAUUAACUACAACCACAGAAUCUACAACCACACCAUCAACUACAACCACAACACCAACCACCACAGAAUCUACAGCUACUCCAACAACACCUCCUCGCCCAACCUGCCCAGAGUGGGAUGUUGUGCAAAAUGAGACAUUUGUAUUGUGUAACUGCACCAUGGCCAGAUGCAUUGAGAAUAACACAAUUGAAAUUAUUCCAUAUGAAUGUCCACCUAUUGAGAAUAUUACCUGUGCUAAUGGGAAGAAACCAGUUCUUGUAUAUGAUGAGUAUGGCUGCUGCCAACAUUAUGUCUGCGACUGUGUUUGUGAAGGUUGGGGAGAUCCUCAUUACAUCACAUUUGAUGGCCUCUACUACAGUUAUCAAGGAAACUGUACUUAUGUUUUGAUGGAAGAGAUCUUACAAAGGCGUCAUUUAAGGAUUUAUAUUGACAAUGUCUUUUGCGAUCCAACUGAAGAUGUUUCCUGCCCAAGAUCAAUAAUUGUGUCAUAUGGAAGCGAAGUGAUCACACUUAUAAAUCAUAACCUCUUGGGAGCGGCACAGUUAGAGGCACUAAAGGACAGAGUAAUAUUAAAACUACCGUAUUCACAACAAGGUGUUAAGAUCUUGAAUUCUGGCAUCAAUUUGAUUCUGGAGAUCCCUCGUCUUGACGUCAUCAUUACAUUUGGCAUAACUGGAUUUAGUGUCACCCUUCCAUUUAAAUACUUCGGUGGAAACACCCAGGGUCACUGUGGAACAUGCACUAACAACCAGGCAGAUGACUGCAUGUUGCCUGGAGGCAGGCUGAUUGAGAAUUGUGCAGUGAUGGCUGACUUUUGGCCUGCAAAACACAUUGACCAACCCAACUGCGAAAUUCCCUCUGUAAUGCCCACCAAUGUACCUGAACCCACACCAACCCGAACUCCAUGCAAGCCAGACUCUAUCUGUGGCCUGAUCACGAGCAGUCUCUUUGCAGAGUGCCACCCCUUUGUCUCUCCUGACAAUUUUUACCAAGGUUGUGUGUUUGAUAGCUGCCAUGUUUCCAAUCCAGUAGUAGAAUGCACUAGUUUGCAGACUUACGCUGCUGCUUGUGCUCAGGCUGGAAUUUGCCUUCACUGGAGGAACCACACCAGACUGUGUGCCAGUGACUGCCCAUCGGACAAAGUUUACAAGCCAUGUGGUCCUGCAGAACAGCCAACCUGUGAAGACAAACCUAAUGAAUCAAUCAUGAACUACACUACUGAGGGCUGCUUUUGUCCAGAUGGCAUGAAACUCUUCAACAAAGAGUCUGGCAUAUGUGUUGACAAGUGUGGAUGUCUUGAUCCUGAGGGUAUUCCUCGUGAGUUUAAUGAGAAGUUUGAGUACAACUGCCAAAACUGCAUCUGUGAGGAGUCCACAAAAACUGUAACAUGCAAGCCAAAGGAGUGCCCAGCACCACCUGUUGCGAACUGUACUGUCCCUGGGUUUGUCCUUGUUAACAAAACCAGUCCCUCUGACCACUGCUGCUCAGUCUUUGCUUGUGAAUGUCGCAUGAACACUUGCCCGCCCCUCAGUGGUACCUGUCCAGUAGGUUAUAUGCCUGUUUUCAAUGUUCCUGAGGGAAAAUGUUGCCCAGAGCAAUCAUGUGAGCCAAAAAGAGUUUGUGUCCACAGAGAAGUAGAAUAUCAGCCUGGUUCUUCAGUGCCGGCGCCUUUAUGUCAGGAAUGUACCUGUACAAAUGAGGUUGACCCCAAAACUGAUCUGUUCAAGAUAUCCUGCAGCUUCCAGCAGUGUCAAGAAAAGUGUGACACGGGAUAUGUAUAUGUGGAACCUGGUUCAGAUGAAUGCUGUGGGAAAUGUGUCCAGACACACUGUGUCCUUAAAGUUGAUGAUGCAAAGUAUCUCUUGACACAAGGACAAACCUGGUCACCAACUGAGAAUAAGUGUGAAAAAUACAAUUGCAUCAGGAAUGAUGAUGGCACUUUAACGACAACCAGCUCACACAUUGUCUGUCCACCAUUCCAGGAGAGCAACUGUCAACCUGACACAAUUCAGACAGCAGCAAACGGCUGUUGUAAGAUAUGUGUGGAAAAGGAAAAAGCCUGCAAGAUAGGAUCCAUGAAAACACAUGUAAUGCACAAGGGCUGCCAGUCUUACCAGGAAGUGGAAAUGCCAUAUUGUGAAGGAUCUUGCAACACGUUCACCAAAUACUCUGAAGCAGCAGCUGUUAUGCAGCAUUCCUGCUCCUGCUGUAAGGAGACACGCUACAGCAAUCGCACUGUGGACUUGCGCUGUCUGAACGGAGAUGUGUUAUCCUACACAUACAUGCAUGUGGAGGAAUGUGGCUGUAGUCACACUGACUGCACCAAAGUUGCUGUGCUACGUGGACGUAGGAGGCGAAGCGUCACACUGGUUUAACAAAAGGUUAAACCAGUGUUGAACCAUGCCAUUCACACGGGAUGACAAAGUUCAUACCUAUGUUGUCUGACAAUCAUAAUGUCUCUUACAAAGUAAUCACUAUUGUAGAGACAGUAUUUAACCACUCAUCCAAUAAAAAUGCAACUCUG